CAAGUAGCGAGGAGCAAUAAUUCCUUGCUUCAUCGUCACAUAAUUGAGCUGCAAGUUAUUCUGAAUCCAUCACGUGGCGGCUGCCGGAGCAAGGUGGCCGGUGAUGUGUUCCCUUAUGUGUAUAUAACGAGCCAACUUCUAGCUACAAUCUCAGUGAAAUCAAGUGAAUACAAGGAAUAUAAUAUAGAAUUUUAAGGAUGUCGGACUGGGGCCCAGUGUUUGUAUCCAUGGUGCUGUUCAUCCUGUUGACGCCGGGACUGCUGUUUCAGCUUCCCGGCCGGUCACGGUGCGUCGAGUUCGGCAACUUUCAGACGAGCGGCGCCGCCAUACUGAUUCACUCUCUGCUUUACUUUGCCUUCAUCUGCGUUUUCUUGCUGGCGCUUAAGGUCCACCUCUACCUGGGCUGAAACGACGACGUAUGACGCUGCAUGCACAUGCUAGCUACCUCUAAUUUUGAUUUGAUUCAUUCAGUAUUAUUGAUCUGCAUGAAGCUUGAUUAUUGUUGUUUGUUAGCAGUGACUUUUGAUGAUGUGUCUUUCUUCGUUGCGUUGUUUAAUCUAGUUUUUUCAUUGUUGGGAUUCAUAUGUGUAAUUCUUGCAAGGUCCAGCUAAAAUCCAUUAUGUUGUGAUUUUCGUGUUUUUCCAUUCAA